AUGGUGCUGAUGCUACCGACGACCAUCUAUGCCGACGACGUCCCAGCUGCACAGAGCGUCAGUGAUACCCAGACAAACAUGUCUAAGUUGGAGGCCUUGGUAGUGGAUGGACAGAUGUCGGAUUUGAUUCUCCAGCGGAAGUCCCUGACUGAGGCCCUCAGACAGCAGCUGCAGGAGACAGAGAACAGACAUGUAGAGUUGCUGGAGAGGAGGAUUCAUCAGAACGCUCUCCUGUCAACAGAUGUUCACCAAGAGACCUACGAUAAAAAAAAAUUGAACACUAAGACCAAACCUGUUGGAAUGAGGAGUUCCAUCUCUACGCAUGCCCUGACCUCAGUCAAAGAUCCCUCAGGCCAAGUUAGAUGGAGAGAGACGUCUAACUCAACUUCUUCAGCCUGGGUACACUGUUCAGUCACAGCUUCCAAGACACAGCAGUGUGAACGUUCAGCUUUAUCUAAAACAACACAGAUGAGGAAAGAGGAGGAGGCCGAGGCUGAAUGUCAGAAGAAGUUCUGCGCCCACCCAGUCCCCAGCCAUGUCAUGCAGCCUCUCUAUCAGGAGAUGAUGGAGCUGCAAAAGAAAGAGAGGAAGCAGGGUCUCGAGCAGAGGAAGAACUUCUUGCUCUCUAUUCAGAAACCUUUCACUUUCGAGGGGAGAGAAAAAGAGAAAAGGGAGAAGCUGAUAGCUUUGUUGAACCAAAUCUCACAGGAGCAGGAAAACAAGGCAGCUGCUGUCAGGAAACCUCCUCGCAAGGUGGAAAAGGACCCGCUACAUUCUAAGCUGAAAGCCCAGGAGGAGGUCGGCAGGACAGUCCAUGCUCAGACAACCAUGCGGGUGAAUUCCUCUGCACCCUGCAUGCCAAAGCUCAGCUCCGCCAAGCGCACCAGGAACGAAAAGCUGGGCUUCCUGGAUGAGAAGCCGAGCUUCCAGCCAAAAAUCAUCCAGCAGGUCCCAGAUUUCCGCAGGUUGCACAAGGCCUUUCAGACAGAGGUGCUGAGGAAAGCUCAGAGUAAAGAUGUGACAAAGUGUCAGCCCUUCAACCUCAGAACAUCAGCUCUGCCUGAAAGACAAAAAAAGAUGAGCACAGAAAAAUCUCAGGAACCAAAACUAGGUCAUCUCAGUAGAAGUAAGUCCCUUGGGGCCUUAACGUCACUGUCCACAGACACACUGCCCACAUACAUUACAGAUGCUGUGAGGCAGCGCAGCGUGGCCAUCAGAAAAUCCAUGGAGCUGAGGGACAGUAAGAAUCAGGAGCACGAAGAGUGGUUGAGGAAAUAUCAAACGAGGUCCCAGGCCAUGAAGAAAACAGUCGCCCUCCAUGCAAAGCUGCUGGACCCACACAGCAGCUUGAAAGAAGUGUAUGAUGACAAACUAAAGCUACACACAAUGGCGGACCAGCAGAGGAUGAGAGAGUACAUGACAGAGCUACAGCACAUGAAGGCCCGAGUUAGUGAACGCCCUUAUCUCUUCGAGCAGGUGAAGCAGAGAAACGCAAAGGCUCUUGCGGAGCAGACGUACAGGGACAAGCUGAGGAAAGCUGGGUUCAUGGAGCAGUUUGUCGCAGAAAAAGGUGCCGCGACAGAAGAAACAUCUUUCUCAUCCAGAUCUGAGGACGACGCCAACGCAGAUGACCAAAGACGUGAAAAGGACAUUCAUCACAGGGAAGAAAAUGUAGACGACGGGGAGAAAAUUGAAGAUGUGGAAGAGGAGAGCGUGAAGUCCAAAGGGGAAGAAAUGCCAUGA